AGAUCAGGGGUGGCGGCAGCGUCUUUCAUCUUGACCUCCUGUGAUGCCCCAGCGGGGUGCAGGAGGAGGGCGUCCCGAGGCGUCCCGGCGCCGCCCGCACAGCUUGGAAAACAAAUCAAGCCAGGGAUGUCCGCAAGCCAGCAUGCGGUGGCUUGCGGGAGCUUGCGGACGCUUCUGGGUGCCUUGCAGGAAGAAGGCCGUUCAGCAUGGAGAGGCCAUGCGGAUCCGCCAGGUCAAGGACAAGCUCGCCAACGUGAGGCGGGACAUCAAGGAGAAGCGCCUCCGGCGCGAAGAGGUGGACUUCGAGGCAGUGUUGGCCGGUUGCCCCGAGUUCAAGCUUGGCUGCGAUCCCAUGGAGUUCAGCGAGAUCGGUUCUCCGCCACCCCGUGAUCGAAUAGCCAUGUGUGCCCUCUUAUUCCUCGGCCUGGUCCAGCUCCGUUCCAGUCUUCGCCUCCGCGUCUAACCACCUGCCCUUACCAGUUUCUCCUGCUCUUCGGCCUCAACCCCAGUGCCUCUUGUUCCCCCAGCUUGGAGUUGAUUCUUGGGCACAGCUGGCAUCAAGGGGCGCCCGCUGGAUUCAACGCUGCCGCCAGGAAAAGCGGAGCCAUCACUCAUGACUCAGGUGAAAGCGAGCGACCAUCAAUCUAUCCUACACAAUGCCAUCUCGCUCCUCCUCGCUUCUCCUCUUCUUCCUCCUCCUCCUCCUCCCCCUCCCCCUCCUCCUCCUAUUCCUCUUCCUCUUCCU